GCGCCAAAUUGUCCAAUCAGUGAGUUUGGCCGCGGAGCCGCGCGGACGCUGGUGAGAGCGACUCGGAGCGGAGCGGCAGAGAAGCGGCGAGCGGAGAAGCGUCAGCGCCUGCGGAGCGUCGCGGGGACGGAGCUCAGACCUCCAGCGGAGCCACAAACCGAACCAACGUGACCAGACUCGGAAGAUCCGCUUUCUAAACAGCACCGCGCCCCCGUGUUAUGUGUGCGUUUUUGUACUGGAAGCGCGGAAACAGCGAGCGACGCGUCACUGCGGCGGAUCAGCUUCCUCUUCCACAUCUGGGAAUUACAAUGAAAAAUGUAGGUGACAUAUUUCCUUGUACAAUCGGCGAGUCGUAGUGGGAUCCGAGCGAGGACGGCGAGGAAGAAAACGGGGAAAAUGGUGACGCGUGGCGCAUCUAUAGGACCAGCGUCCGCUUCGUGGAGCCGCAGCGUAAAAGGGCAAAACCAGUGCGACUAGCGGCGCCGUGGAUGUGAAUGUGUGAAGCUGCUCGGAUCCUCCAGGUUUCGUCCCGUCGCUCAGACCAAAACCAGAAGCCAGACUGUGUCCAGAGCAAAAAGCCCGUCGUCGUAGGGAGAGUCUGAACCCAGGAACGCGUCCAGUUCAAACCAUCAUGAAGCUCAGUGUCCGACCCCACGCUUCACGCUUUGUACCUCCUGCUUCCAGUCGUCAGCUUCCUCCUGUACUUAGAUUCCCCUGAAGCAUGCAUUCUGAAGGCUGCCACUGUAUCUCCACCUAAAGCCAUACUGAACACCAGCCAUACAUGCGGCGCCGCAGCCUCAGGAACCGGCGCCGGACUGGGCUCUGACGGGUUCUACCGCGCCUCGGCCGCGUCCCGUUCCGUGGUGGUGUUCCUCUGCGUUGACGGAUGAGUCCGGACAGUUUCAUGUCUGUUCCGUGGGCAGAACCUCGCUGCCCUGCUAGAACCGGGCCCAAGCCCUCGUUGGUUCUCUUCUGUUGGGCCGAGCUGAAUUCCGAGCAAAGACACUCGCACAAGGGCGUCGAGCGCUGGUAGAAGCUCAGCGAGCGGCUCCCGUCUGGUGCCUCCACGCGUUUAUUAAAGAUUCCACACUGACAUUUAGCAGGCGACACAUUUAAUUCCACUGCUCUGCUGUCAUUUAAGCCAAACCUUCAAGCACAUUGACCUUUACUGAAGCUCUUCCUCUAAAUAUUUUAUAAGGACGAGCCUGUUUGUUUGGCUGAUCGUGAGUGCGAUGUAAAGAAAAGCAGCUUGUGCCAAACUCAAACCGACUUCAGUUUCCUGUCAAAGCCGAGCUGUUUACGCAGAGCUCCACUAUUUGAUUUGCGUUAAAGAAAUCUAUUUUUCCAUGUGUGAUUGAACCACAGGACAACAGAAGUGCCAAACUGCUAUUAGACCUCAUCAGACACCUGUUUACAGGCGGACGGCGGCGCGUCUUUGUUUACACAUGUGAAGCAGAGCCGCCUGUCGGGAGGUUUGAGGCGCGGCCCGUCGCCGUAGCGACCAGUGAGAGGCGGCGUCGUGGGGAAAGUGCCACAUUCAAAGGGAACAUCUCAUAGGGCCUAAAAACUGAAGACCUCAAUGUUUACAAAAGCUGCUUAAGGAAGAGACUAAUGUUUACAUGGAGACUCCGUGAACACAACAGGAAGGACUAGUUCAAACCUUUCAUACUGACGAUUUUCUACUCCAGGAAGCUGUGAUUCUGUGCAGGACGCUCCCACCCCUUGUUUUUUAACAGCCGAGGAACUUUGUGAUAAAACAAUGAGACCCACGGCUUCAGGAGGGAUGCUUGCGUUUGCGCUCUUCGUCCUCUCGUCCUCCUGCCUCGCUGUUUCCACGGUAACCAGGGCCGCCGACGGCGACGCCGGGACUCGGCCCGGCUCCGCUGCAGCUGCUAAAACGAGCGGCACCCUGUUCCUGCUCACCGGGUCCAGAGCCGGGUCCAGAGCCGGGUCCAGAACCGGGCCGAAGGCGGCCGAGGUGGAGGACGGCGACGCGGCGCCGGCCGCGGCCGAGCCGCCCCCCCGGCCCCUCCCCCAGACCAUGCUGCCGCGCAACGUGACGGCCGACGCCCUGAAGCCCCCGCUGGGCGCCGCCCAGGUGGCCCCGCCCCCCAGGAAGCUGGUGGACGUGGACGUGUGCAGAGGCUACUUCGACGUGAUGGGACACUUCGACAGCACCUUCAACUGCUCCAAAGGCAGCUACAUCUACUGCUGCGGCACCUGCCACUACCGCUUCUGCUGCGAGCACGAGCGCAACCGGCUCAACCAGGACUCCUGCACCAACUACAAGUCCCCCGUCUGGGCCGACCCCCUGGUGCCGGUGACGGCGCCCGCCGGCAACAAGCCCGACCCGGACUUCGAGACGCUCCAGCAGCACAGCAGCAGCACGGCCUACGUGAUCGGGGGCGUCAUCUCCUUCACCAUGGUGGUUGCCGUGGGCGUCCGCAUCGCCUUCAGCAAGGUGGCGCGUCGGCCUCGGCACCGGGACGUCAACGUUCCGCGGUCGCUGGUGGACAUCCUGCGGCACCAGUCCAGCCCGGUCCAGCAGGGGGAGCGGAACAACGCGGCGCUGAGCUCCACCGCCUCCUCCAAGAACCUCUACACCCCCGUCCUGCAGAGCAAAGACAACCGCACUGGGAACUUGCACCACCAUUUUAACCAGCAGGGGUCUGCCUCCAGCCCCACGCACGCUGCCACCAUCGAGCGAGGACCUCGUAUGAACAACACCCCCCAGCUCUCCUCCGGACCCUCCCUGCUUUCAGGCAGCGGGAAGGGGCCCAGUGUGGGCGGCGGCAUCCUGGGAGGCAGCAUGAGACACAACAGCAGCCACCCGUCCUUCUCCCACUCCUUCCACAACCUGGCCCAGCUGCCGCCGUCGUACGAGGCCGCCAUGAAACCUGAGAUCAGCCGCUACAGCUCCUUGAAGAGGCUGGAGAAAGAGCUGGAUGAGUACAGCUACUACAGCAACAAGCGCCGCUCCACCAACGCGCCGCCCUCCUUCCACUCCUCGCAGCACCACCUGCCCUGGGGGGGGGACUACACGCUGGGCUCCCGGGGCACGCUGCCUUUGAACGGGUCGCGGCCCCGGCUUCACAUCGCCUCCACCCCCAACCCGUACCCGCUGCCCACCCAGACGCAGUACUCCAGCUCCAGCUUCGACAGGCCGCCGCGCCGCGUCCGCUCCCAGGACCAGCUGCUGGCUCUGGGCGAGGGCAACACGCUGUCCCGCCUGUCCAAGAACCAGCAGCACCAGUACUACAAGGCCAUGAUGAGCACCAGCAGGAGCUCCAACUCCCAGACCCUCCGCAGGUCCCACGAGAGGCUCCUGGUGUCACCGGACCGUCUGGAGGACCAGCUGAUGGCCAUGGGGCUGAUGAUGGGAGCGGGCGACCGGGGAGGGGGCACCGGGAUGGUGCCCACCAUGGGCCGGCUCAGCCACCACCAGAAGGCCCAGUCCCAGCAGAACAUCUGCGUCACGCCGUCCAUGGAUCGACACCACAUGAUCAAGAUGAACUCCCACCCGACGUCGGGCCACGACCACGAGCGCAGCUCGGCGGCUGUGCCGGGGAUGGGCGUGCACGGAGGCUGGGACCCCCACGGGGGCCACGGAGGGGGGGGCAACCACCCCAACGCCCGGCGCAUGGCCUUCGCCAACAAGCGGCAGAACACCAUCGAGCAGCUCCACUUCAUACCCGGAGGAGGCGGGCAGGGACUGCGGACUGGGAGUAAAAACGAGGUGACGGUGUGAGAACGGGGGAGAGGGUGAGGGAGGAGGUGAAGCUGAGACAGGAUGAGGCUUUUGAUGGAAACCCCAGAGAUGAAGCCGUUUCAUCUGAGCCCCCGUGAACCGGUGGCUGACAGCAUUAAUCGCAUCGUGAGUACGGCCAACUGAUUUUCUCCUUGUCACUUUGUGUAUUGAAAAAGAGAAUAUUCAGCCAUUCUUUGUAAAGGGAAGACAGAAAUGUCCACUUAAAAGAGCAAAAAAUAUCAUAUGACUGCAGUUUAGGGCCUGCAGGGUAUUCGCUGUGACUUUUAUUGAAGGAUACCCGCUGAGUCAGUUUUGUUGAAUUGUCCUUGAGUUUUAUUGCACUGUCCUGCGAGUCCUCGAGAGCUCUGACAGAGAUGCAUCUGUCUUUGAAUCCGCUGUGGGCGGUGGAGGCACACGGGUUUGCUUGUCUUUGUAUCUAUGAAGUAUUUAAAACCAAACAUGUUGCUUUUUGUAUUGAAUUAACCUGAUGAUGAUGAUGAUGAUGAUAAUAGUAUGAACAUAACUGAGCCUUGUAGGACCUUUGUAUUUAUCCUUCAACCGGCCCGUCGUCUCUUUGCCAUGAUCCAGACACUGAGCUGUCACGUUCAAGGCCAUUUUGGAGAAAAGCUACGAGCGGUAAAGGUCCAGUCACAUCAGUGUUUGACGCAGGGAAAUACGGAUCAGACCAAUCCACAAAAGCGUCUGAUUGGAUAAAUGUCUUUAAGUGUAUUUAUGUAACUGUGAUGGACUGUGAGUAUUCCCCACUGAGGUGGGAGACGGUAAAAAAACAUGCUUAAAACGUAGUUGUCCCAGAAUCAAAAGAUGUCUAAAUUCACCCAGAGCUGCAGGAAGAUGAAAGACGAGAGUUCUGAGAUCAGACAGAAGGAAGGCAGCGAGUUUAACAGGAAGAAAUGAAAGUGAUUCAGGCUCUUACUUCAUUUUUUUACUGUUGGACAGAUAAACUGUGAUUUUCCCAAUAAGGAGCCCAGAGGGACGGCGCAGUUAGCAGCGGUUGUGUUCCUGGUGUGACUGGGCCUUUGGCGGGUUGGAGAGCGAGCCUUUGUACAGUCUAGUGGUGUUUAUCUCUUAUGAAACGUUGUGCUGUGACCCUUUGCGUAACAAUUAGUAAAACAUUUUAAAGGAUUAGAAGAAUCCACCUCAUGCAGACGCUGUAUGGCUCAAAUAUGUGAUUAUUCUCGAACCUCAAAGUGUUUGGGUUUGCAGCCAGUGAUUAUUCAGACAAACCCCGCUGUUUGUCACCUGAGCUCAGCUGCUCCCCUCGUCUGAAGGGGACGAGGCCGCGGGUUCCGUGGGACGAUGGACACUUCACACCAAGGGCUAAACUGAACUGUGUUUGUCUGCUCAUGCUGUCCGCGCGCGUCAUGCUUGUGCGUGCGCUCACCCAUCAUUUAAAAAACAGAACGUGCAGGAAACUGCAGCGCUAACGAACCAUGUGUUUUGAAUAUUAGCGCUGUGGCGGCGGCGCAGAGGUCGCGGCCGGACGUUCGCUAGCGUUCGUAUUCUUUCCUCAACCCUUCACUGAUGCGGCUCGAGACUGAGGCCUGUUGAACCACGUUUCACGCUGCCAGACAUUUUUAGUCUUUUCAUACACGUACUAAUGGUUUCUAAUCAUGUGUAGAAAUUUCCCCUGGAUCAGACUUUGACAGCUCUUAUCAUAUUGUCCUUUUUUUUGUCUAGACACGUAUUUAUUUUUUUAAUCUCUGUAAAUUUUAAUGUGUAAUCCUCGAUCUUCAAUAUUGAAACUUUAUAAAGGAAUCCUAAAAAAAGAAAAGGAAAACAUUUGUAUUCCAGUUAAUGCAAUCACAGAGAAAAGACGAACCGCAUGACUACGUGGGAAGCCAGCGUUGGUGAUGUCACAGCGCUGACUGAUGAUGUCACGCUGUGUGUUGAAGUCCACAUGCGUCUGUUUUCAUUCGUAUGCCCGUGUGUGUAACUCUGCGUCUUUUUGGGAAUGCUGAACCUCAUUUUGGACCAAACUCGGGUCGUGUUCUCAGCACACGAUUUUAGGACCCGAGUUGUGAUCGUUACAUGUUCGUAUCAACUUAUGAAGUUUUGAAGGCCUGUUAUCAUUUUUAAAGAGGACAAUAAUUAAUCUUACCUUUUCUUGUAGAGCUACAUUCACCAAAGUUGGACUUUUCAAACAUUCAAAAAAUGAAUUACUAAAGGCCUCUAUUGUGUCAAGUUUUUGAAUAAAGGAACAACUAGGUUUGACUUAAGUAUAAGUAGGUUUGUGCAAGAAGCCAUUUAGGUUAAGCCACUUUGUGCUCAUUUACUGAGAACGUUUCAUUCAAACAGAGCAUCAGUACUUUUCUAAAACUGCAAUUCAUGUGAAAAAGGGAGAAAGUUGCAUUCAGGUGUUGCUUCAGGCUAGAUUCACACAAAGAGGAGCCGAGGUUCUACCCACUGGUACAAACCCGGUUUCUACUGGAGAACUGAGUUUUAAAUACGUUUUACCAGCUUUUUUUUACUUUCUAAAAGUGCCCGUUUACAGGAAGAAAGGUUAUAGAAUAAAUUAGAGAUAAGUACACGAAUAAAGACACGUCAAACUGAAACUGAAGCCAACACAAAGGGACCUGUCUAUUAAGUGGAACAUUUGAACAUUCCUUUAUUAUGGGGCUUUGUGUUGUCCACGCUGUGAGAGACCGACACACACACGUAAUAACUGCUGCUGACAACGAUCAGAUUUGGUUCUAACGUCUGAUCCAACCUGAUACUGUUGAAAUGAACCAAAUGCAACGUUUUCCUUUUUUUGAUGACUCUGCAUCCUUGAGGCCCGACCGCCUCCUGUGAGGCCUGUGUUUCACUGAAAGAGAAAACCUGUGUGAAAUCACAUUAAGGUGAGGACUGUUGUACUGUGACUUGUUUUUGAGUGGCGGGUCUGGAAACGCUCCCGUUCGCAUUUACAGAAAAGGGAGGAGAAACGAAUCACCUGAAAAUAAAUUUGUCUUUUUAAAGUCUCCUUUCUCCUCAUACCGUCGACGGUGCGACACAGAUGUUGUAAUCCUGUGUGUGUGUGUGUGUGUGUGUGUGUGUGUGUGUGUGUGUGUGUGUGUGUGUGUGUGUGUGUGUGUGUUUACCACAGGGGGAGGCAUGGGCAUAUUUGUAUUCUCAAAGCCACUUGGCAUACCUCAAGUUGUAAAAUACAUUUAUUUAUUACAUCCCCUUAUACGUCUGUUUCCAAGAUUAUCCAAACAAAGGUCUCACAAAUGUGCAACCCUUUUGUUAUUGGUGAUCAAUUCUUGCGUUUGUAGAAAUCAUGUUUAAUUGAUAAUAACAAUAAAAAAAAUCCCACUAAAUGUU